AUUCCACUAUGCUCUUUACACCCCCCAUUUCCCAAAAUUAGGUCACACUCUCUCUCUCAUCUCCACCGGCGCCGCCGUCAUUUUUCAUUUUGUGCUUUAUGAUUCUCAGAACUCAUGCCAUUCCACGUAGAUUCACCUCACUCUUCAUCUUCCACACACAAUCACUACGCUAUUUAUCUUCAUCAACACAAUUAACUUCUUCUGAUUCUGAUGUGGCUCCAUCAAUACAAUCACAAUCUAUAGUCCAAAGGGUGUGUUCAUUGGUUCGCGAAUCAUACAAUGAACACACCCAUGUACGAGUUUCACCUCCAAGACUCAAUCUUGGGGUUGAUCCUGAUUGUUUAACCCACGAACAAGCUGUUACUGUUGUUGCUUCACUUGCAGGUGAUUGUGGUUCAAUGGUGGCUCUUGGGUUCUUUUAUUGGGCAAUUGGGUAUCCAAAGUUUCGAUAUUUUAUGAGAUUGUAUGUAGUUUGUGCGAGUUCGUUGAUUGGGAAUAGGAAUUUGGAGAAAGGGAAUGAAGUUAUGAGGUGUAUGGUGGAGAGUUUUGCUGAGGUUGGGAGGUUGAAGGAGGCUGUGGAGAUGGUUAUUGAAAUGCAUAACCAGGGUUUGGUUCCGAAUACUCGGACUUUGAAUUGGAUUAUCAAGGUGACGAGUGAGUUUGGUUUGGUUGAGUAUGCAGAGUUGCUGUUUGAGGAAAUGUGUGUGAGAGGGGUGCAACCGGAUUCUGUUAGCUAUAGGGUGAUGGUUGUUAUGUAUUGUAAGAUUGGUGAUGUUUUGGAGGCGGAUAGGUGGUUGAGUGCGAUGCUCGAGAGGGGUUUUGUCGUUGAUAAUGCAACGUUUACGUUAAUUAUUAGUAGAUUCUGUGAAAAGGGUUAUGGGACAAGAGCGUUGUGGUAUUUUCGUAGGUUAGUUGAUAUGGGUUUGGAGCCGAAUUUGAUUAAUUACACGUCUAUGAUUGAAGGUUUGUGCAAAAGGGGUAGCAUUAAGCAAGCGUUUGAAAUGUUGGAGGAGAUGGUUGGGAAAGGUUGGAAACCUAAUGUGUAUACGCAUACGUCGUUGAUUGACGGUCUUUGUAAGAAAGGAUGGACCGAGAAAGCGUUUAGAUUGUUUCUUAAGCUUGUUCGAAGCGAAAAUCACAAGCCAAAUGUGCUUACGUAUACUGCCAUGAUAAGUGGGUAUUGUAGAGAUGAGAAACUAAACCGGGCAGAGAUGCUACUGAGUCGAAUGAAGGAGCAGGGGUUAGUCCCGAACACGAACACAUACACGGCGCUCAUUGACGGGCAUUGCAAAGCCGGAAAUUUUGAUAGAGCGUACGAUUUGAUGAAUCUAAUGAGUAGUGAAGGUUUCAGUCCUAAUGUGUGUACAUAUAAUGCAAUUGUUGAUGGUCUUUGUAAAAGGGGAAGGGUACAGGAGGCUUACAAAAUGCUCGAGGAUGGCUUUCAUAAUGGGUUGAAACCCGAUAAAGUCACCUAUAGUAUUCUCAUGUCUGAGCAUUGCAAACAGGGAAAUAUCAAGGAAGCAUUGGUGUUAUUCAAUAAGAUGGUAAAAAGUGGUAUUCAACCGGAUAUUCAUUCAUACACAACAUUGAUUGCGGUCUUCUGUAGGGAAAAUCGUAUGAAAGAAAGUGAGAUGUGUUUCGAGGAAGCUGUGAGAAUCGGAGUUAUUCCUACAAACAAAACUUAUACAUCUAUGAUAUGUGGUUAUUGCAGAGAAGGAAAUUUGACCUUGGCGAUGAAGUUUUUCCGUAGGAUGAGUGACCAUGGUUGUGUUCCAGAUUCUAUUACAUACGGUGCUAUUAUAAGUGGGCUAUGCAAGCAGUCAAAACUCGACGAGGCUCGGGGUUUGUAUGACUCUAUGAUAGAAAAGGGACUUACCCCGUGUGAAGUUACUAGGGUAACUUUGGCUUACGAAUAUUGUAAGGAAGAUGAUUGUUUAUCUGCUAUGGUUAUUCUAGAAAGGCUGGAAAAGAAGCAUUGGAUUCGGACAGCUAAUACCUUGGUCAGAAAGCUAUGUAGUGAGAAAAAAGUAGGCAUGGCUGCGCUGUUCUUUAAUAAGUUACUAGACAUGGAUGUUCAUGUUAAUCGUGUAUCGUUAGCAGCAUUUAUGACUGCGUGCUAUGAAAGCAAUAAUUAUGCUCUUGUUUCAGAUUUGUCUGCAAGGAUACACAAGGAAAAUCGUUUGGAAAUCAAAGCCACGAGAUAACCGAAAACUAAAAAGUGCUAAGAGAGCUUUGGAACCCUUUUAGAUCCUACCUAGCUUAACUCCAGAUUACUCCAAGGCAAAGGUGGUUUUUCUGAAUGAGGGGUUCAGACCCGAAAAAAAGUCAAUAAAUCGCAAUUUACAAUGUGCUUCCACCAUGGCAUGAUGGAAUCUUCUGAGCCUUCCACCAUAGGAUGCAAUGCCUGUUAUUUUUGAUAUAAUUGCAAUGGCAAUACAGUAGCUGAUCUUCUGGGAAAAUUCUUGAUUGAAUUUGAAGGGAACAAGUCAAAGUCAGUCAAUGAUGUUGGUGAGGAGGAGGUUGUUGUAGAAGGUUCUGGAAUUGAGAAGAGUAAUGAGGAAAUGCAACUGUAAAUGAAUCUGAAACUGGGAAGAAAACAUGACUUGACUUUUUGGAGUGUUCUCGCGAAUAUGAAGACUAUGUUUGUUUGUUCGAAACUGCAAGUCAACAAAUGUUGCUGGUUUAACUUUUUGUCGUCAAUGGUGGUGGCGGGACAGAUUCUAGCUUUAAGGAGGAUCUUAUUCUCAAUAGUACCUGUUGCGCUUCAAUCCCAAAACCGUUAAACAGCUCCAACAGCAACACUUCAAGUCAUCAACAUUUGUUCGAUUUGCAUUAGCAUCAGCGUCGCAACGACACCGUCUUCGACACUCUGUGGGUGGGUUCUACCUUUUGCGAUUUAUUUUGUAGUAUGACAUGUUGAUUUUUUGGUCUUUGUUUGCGUAGCUACUGUUGUAAUUCGAUCUGUUGUAAUUCGAUCUGUGCUGGACUGUGAAUCAUUGUAAUAAUGUGCAUGUGUAUGUUGUGUUGCUGAAUUUUGCAUUGUGUUGCAAUUUCAGGAGUUUUAAUUUGAUUUAGCUCUCGAACACAUUUGGACGCAUAGUUUCAGUCGCGUGAGGCUGUUUUCGGUUUACUUUUUCGAUUACUUUUUAGUUUUAAAGUGGCGCAAAUAUUGUAUAUAGCUUAUUGAGGUGCUGGAAUUUUAUCGCGUUACGCGUAUAUUACCGUAGUUUACGUGUUUUCUGAUUAUUUUGCGAUGAGCGCUUUGGCGUUAGCAAGUGAUGGAUUUUCGUUGUAUACACAUUUUUGGUACAUGAUCUGAAACCAAAACUCCACAAAACCUAACUUGCGAACACUCAAACCAUGUGAAAUCCGUUCCUCACACCAAAACGCAUUCACCACAAUGCAAAACGACAUGAAGUUGAUCCAAAAUUCACAUGUUUUAUGCUCAUUUUCACACGGGUUGGAUCUAGAAUUUUCUCAA